GAAGCAGACAUCCUAGAUGCCCCAAUAACAGCGGACGAGGUACAGGCGGCGAUUAAAACAACAAAGAACGGGAAGGCAACUGGUCCCGAUGGACUUUCGGCAGGAUACUAUAAAAAGUUCCGAGAAAUCCUAGCCCUGCGGCUAGCCGACGCCUUCAAUCAUCUGCGGCAAGGAG